AUGGCUUCCGACUCAGCUGCGCUGUCGGCAUCUCUGCAUGGCGCCACUGCCUCUCCAAGCGAUCCAGCACACAUUGCCACCAAGAUUCAGGCAGCUUUGACGCGAGAUGCCCCCUUCUGGUCGUUCGAGUUCUUCCCGCCCAAGACCAGUCAAGGUCUUGCCAAUCUCUACAAUCGUAUCGCGCGCAUGCAUGUCAACCUUGAACCAAGCUGGAUUCACGUCACAUGGGGCGCAGGCGGUACCACGGGAGGCAAGUCGCUCGAGCUAGCCGGCAGGAUACAAAAAGGCAAGCUCGAUCCGGACGUCGAACUUGUGCAGACCGAGAUCAACCACAUUGGCUCCGGAACGCAACAGCACAUCGAAAAUGUCAAGGGCGGCCAAGAGUGGGAACAGGAGCGGGCUGAUCCGUGUGAUGUCUGUCUUCACCUUACCUGCACCAACGUCGAGAAGAGUAGCUUGGACCAGACGCUCGAUACGGCGAAGCGCUUGGGCAUCAAGAACAUUCUCGCACUGCGUGGAGACCCGCCACGCGGAGAAGAGUACUGGAUCGCAGCAGACAAGCGCUUCCAGCAUGCCACCGAUCUCGUUCGGUACAUCCGCCAGCGCCACGGCAACUACUUUUGCAUCGGGGUAGCCGGCUAUCCCGAGGGUCACGCUGAUUAUGUCGAUCGAGACGUGAACCGCGACCUUCGCUACCUCAAGGACAAGCAAGAUGCAGGCGCACAGUACAUCAUCACCCAACUCUUUUACGACGUCGACCGAUUCCUCGAAUGGUACAGGGACUGCCGCGAGAUCGGCAUCACGAUCCCUAUCUUGCCUGGAAUCAUGCCGAUUCAGAACUACUCGAGCUUCCGACGCAUGACCAACCUCUGCAAAGUGCAAGUGCCCCAACUCAUCCUCGACGCCCUCGAGCCCAUCAAGAGCGAUGACGCUGCGGUCAAAGAGUACGGCGUCUCGCUCAGCAUUCACAUGGUCGGGCGCAUCUUCCUUGAAACUGACGUUCGCGGUUUCCACCUUUGCUCGCUCAACCUGGAAAAGAGCAUAGAGCGUAUUCUCGAAGGCCUCGGCUGGAAGACGGAUGUGGGAGCGCAGCAAGAAUCCGAUGCCCGCCUCCGGGGUAUCCCCGCUCAUCUGCAUCUCGAGAACACCAAGAACCAGAUGCUUUCCGAUCGUACCGGUACCAACACGCCCAAAGACUUUAAGGUCACCACACAAGAAGCACUUGCACGCACCUUGGCAAGAACGUCGAGCUCAUACCAAGUUCCUGAAACAAGCACGUGGGACGAAUUUCCUAAUGGACGAUACGGUGAUUCUCGCAGUCCCGCAUUCGGUGAAAUGGACGGAUAUGGCGUCAGUCUCAAGGUUCCACCUCAAGACGCGCUGCGUAUUUGGGGUCAUCCGGUGAGCCUGACCGACAUUUCCAGAAUAUUUGGUUUUUAUCUGGAAGAGAAGAUCUCGUGCAUACCAUGGUGCGAUGCGCCUCUGAUGAACGAAACACUGCAAAUUCGCGAUCAUCUGCUCACAUUGAACCGUCUCGCUGAGAAUGCGUCGCAGUCGGCGGGUAAGGGGUGGUGGUCCGUUGGCUCGCAACCGGCAGUGGAUGGCGCACCUUCUACCGACCCGAUCGUCGGAUUUGGUCCACCUGGCGGCUUCGUUUUCCAGAAAUCGUUUGUCGAGCUCUUCGUGUCGUCAUCGGACAAAGACCGCCUCGUUGCUCGCAUCGACGCUCUGGGAGCUAGUGCGCCGAUCACCUAUUUCGCAGGCAAUGCCAAGGGAGAUUUUCAGUCGAACCUCGGCGAUGAAGAAGCCAACACGGUCACAUGGGCAGUCUUUCCAGGCAAGGAGAUCGUCCAAUCCACCAUUAUCGAAAGGCAGAGCUUCGAAGCGUGGAGGGAGGAAGCGUUUGAAAUCUGGGCGGAAUGGUCGCUGCUCUUCCCGAAAAAGUCGGCAAGCAGACAGCUGAUCGACGAGAUCAGGGAGGCAAGAUGGCUGGUCACUGUUGUGCAUCAUGAUUACAAAGACAAGGAAGCGCUGUGGCAAUUUUUGGCCGAGUAG